AUGUAUUAAAAAUUCGAAACUACUUCCUUCUCAUAAUUUAGAUAAUAAUACUUUAAUAAUUUAAGAGAAUAAUCUUGUUUGUUGGCAGCCUUAGAAGAACUUUGUGGAGGAUGGACUUAAGAGACAUUGAAAUCAAUCCUACAGAAAUUGACAAAAAAGAACUAAGCUCCUUUGCCUCUAUUUUUUGAUUCAUCUUAAGCAAUGGAUUCCAUCUCCAAUAAAAAGUAAGCUUUGGCUACAGUUUUUUAAUAAUUUGAUUCUAGAGGAAUAGGAAGAAUUGAUGCAACUGAAUUAUUUUCAGUUAUGCUUCUUCUGUCAACUGGAGAAAUUAGUUAAAUUUUUUAUAACAUCGCUGUGAUUUUUGGUUCAGAUAAGACAAAUCAUAUUACUUCAGAUGAAUUUUUCUUUUUUAUUGAUUGCUUAUUUAGAGGAAUCUCUAAAGUGUUGAUUUGCAAGGGAGAAAACAAACCUAUUGGAUUAAAUAAAAGAUUGAAUGAUUAAGACAUCAAUAAAUUUAUGUAGUAGAUUUUCAAGGGACAAUAGAAAGUAAAUAAAGAUGAAUUAUACGCGUCUGUUAAGCAAAGUCAAUAAUUGUUUGAGUUUAUCGAGUAUAUCUCAACUUCAAUGCAAGCAUCCAUGGAAUAUACAAGACAAUAGUCAUUAUUAAUGAUGAAGAUAACAAUGGAGGUUAAGAAAUUGAUGGCACAGAUGUUGGCAUAAAUAGAUGGAACUGCCAAAAAGUGAUAUAGUAUUUAUUUGUCUAAGAUAAUCAACAAAUUUAUUAUAGAAA